AGUGAGUGAGUGAGUGAGUGAGUGAGUGAGGUGAGUGAGGUAACAAAGAAUAAUAAUCAUAAUCUGGGAUCCCAACAAUCGAUAUUCGGAUUCAGGCACGAGUAAGGAACGCAUCUCUGCAAACGACCCGCCUCCCCAUUAGACCUCGAUCCCGUGCCCCCAAAAGAAAAAAAGACAAGAUGACAGCCAGUGUACACUAAUUGAACAAGCAGUGAAUAUCGAGAGGGUAUUGGCUAAAACAAAGGGAGGAUGCAAAGGAAGACAUUAUAGUUGAUACCAGGAACUGUGUUAUCUAAACUACACAUACAUCCGUUUACAAAGCCUCAUCAGCAUGAUCCGGUUUUCACGAGGCCGUGCCCCACACAACAGAUGUGUCCGUCCCUGCAAACAAGUCGCUACACUGCAACAGGGGAACCGUGCACAACACCGUAAUGCAGACAGGAAUUACCUUUGGCAAUAUGACACCCUCCGAGCUCAAUUUAUCAUCAACGAUGUCUUGGAUCAACGGGAACACCGACCUCACGAUGUCGCCCAUGAACACGACACCCUGUACAACUGGAACACCCGAAUAUAUGUUUAAAAAACACGGUGGAGAGAUACUAUUUCUUUUGUUCAUGUUCUUCCUUGCCAUAUUUGGCAACAGCCUUGUCAUAUAUAUCUACCACUUCCGGUGGAGGCGUUCCAACUUCAGCCUGUUCAUCGAGGUGCUUGCAUGCCUGGAUCUCAUCAACGCAAGCAUCACCAUUCCCCUGUUUCUGGUGAUCACCUUUGACGAGAGCCGUGACGAUUUCCCUCAACUGUGUCAAGGAGCGUCCUUUGUUGCAAUUAUGACAGCUAUGGCAUCGGGAAUAAUUCUUGUUGUCAUUGCAUUUGAUAGAAAUCGUAAAAUAUGCAAACCUUUGAAGAGAGAAAUUAGCCUCAGUCUGACUCGCAGAUUGUGUCUAAUGGCCAUUGUCAUCGGAAUCUUGCUUUCGAUCCCCUGCGUCUUUGUGUACGGGAGGAAAGAUAUACUAUUUGAAGUCAACGGGGUGGAGAUGAACAUCACUCAGUGCUACUUUACUAAAAGCAGUGGUCCCCUAUUUUGGUCCUUCAUGUCGACCCUUGGCUUGGUGUUCAUGGGUGUCAUGUCGACAUUGGCGAUGUUGUAUGUGUCGAUGUACAGAGCUCUGAGGGUGCAUCUAGCUCGACGUGAAUCUCUGGGGAGUGCAAGGCGCCCGUCCACCACCAGCUCUAAACCGAGCACCAUGAGAUCUCAGAAGACGUCAGCGAAAAUUUUCUUCGCGGUAACAGUUGCGUUUUUCAGCAGUUACUUCCCUUUCUUCAUUGCCGUGACAGUGUUUCUCAUUGACAGUAAUGGCUAUACUUUGUCGCCUGCCAUAAAGGCUGUAGCAGAUGUUGCAAAGUUAUCCCCCCUCAUGAGUAAUGCGAUCAACCCAUUCAUCUACAGUGUGUCAUCUCGUCGUUUCCGGAAGGAGUUGAUUGAUGUCUUCCGAUGCGCGGCCCUGAAGCGGACACCAUCACAACGUGAGCGACAGAUGGUGCAUAUAAAGACUCACACAUCGUCACUAGCAGACUGAGUGAGUAAGUCGGUAUGGAUUUAUGCCGCUUUUAGCAAUAUUCCAGCAGUAUCACAGCUGCGGACACCAGACUUAUGUUCACAUAUUGUACCGAAAUUGGGAAUCGAACCCGGGUGUUCGGCGUGACAAACGAAUGCUUUAACCACUAGGCUACCCCCACCGCCACCAUGCAUAAGGUGCUAUUGAGACCUCAGCUGGGAGUACUGCCUUCAAUAACAACAAGACACGGUGCCAUCCAGGCCUCAAUUGCAAUGUAGUCUGUGUUGUCUGAAGUAUGGUUAAACUGUUCAUUUAGCUUUCCCCAAGGGUAUUCUGGCCUAGAAAGGGUCCGUGGGUAAUCCCUUUCGCUCGUCACGCCAAAUGCCCGUUUUCGAUUCCCCACAUCGGUACAAUGUGUGAAGCCAAUUUCUGAUGCAUCGCGCCGUGAUAUUGCAGAUAUAUUGCUAAAGGCGGCGUAAAACUCAUCUAGCUCACUCCCUCACUCGACCACCCACUCACUCACCCACUGGAAAAGAUUCUCAGUAUUCUAUACAUAUCAUGGGUUACUAAAUGGAUCGGGUGGCCAGGCUCGCUGACUUUGUUGAUUGUGAAACUUUGUACCUUGACGGCGUGGAUCUUUCCUUCUGUUAGGAAUAACUUGUUUGACUCGAAUAUUAACAGAUCAACGCUGGAAACGUACGUUACUGUGUGCGACCUCAAAUAACCAACCAACCAACCAAACACACAAAACAAAGAAAGCCUAUAGAAGUAACAGGUACAUGGCCAUGUCCUGACAUCGGAGAAAUGAGUUCAUAACACACAGAAUGACAGCUAUUACACAAAUGUCGUGUUAUUGUAUGUUCCGCAUUUGACUGAGAGGUGUACAGAGUCUGUCUUUAAGAAAACAUUACUGAAGAUAUGUGUUGCUUACAUAUGUAUAUAUCUGUGUGUUUUAUGAAGGUCAAUAUUAGACUGAAGUUUUGUUAAUUACAAGCUCUGACAUAAAAUAUUGCCUUUCUAAUGGCACUUUUAAAUCA